GCGGAGCGCGCCGCCGGGCUCCUUCCGCGCGGCGCCAGUGGGGCUGCGGCCGCUGCUCUGCUUAGAGCGCAGCGGCGGGAGCCGCGGGUCCUCCUGGGGAUGGCGGCGGCGGCAGCGGCCGCGGCCCAUAUGGCCGAUGUGAGCUGGAGGAUGCUGGAGCUGCGGGCCCGCUCUAAGCGUUCAGGUUCAAUUUACGAACCGCUUAAAAGUAUUGACCUUCCAAGACCAGAAGGGGCAAGCGUAUGGGAUAAAUUAGAUCAUUAUUACAGAAUUGUUAAGUCAACGUUGCUGCUCUAUCAAAGCCCGACCACAGGUCUGUUUCCUACAAAGACGUAUGGGGAUAACCGAAAGGCAAAAGUACAAGACAGUCUUUACUGUGCUGCAUGUGCCUGGGCAUUAGCCCUGGCUUACAGGCGUAUUGAUGAUGACAAGGGAAGGACACAUGAACUGGAGCAUUCUGCAAUAAAAUGUAUGAGAGGAAUUCUCUACUGCUAUAUGCGUCAGGCUGAUAAGGUGCAGCGGUUUAAGCAAGAUCCCAAGCCAUCUGAAUGUCUUCAUUCUGUUUUCAGUGCCCAGACUGGAGAUGAGGUCCUCUCCCAUGAGGAAUAUGGUCAUCUUCAGAUAAAUGCUGUGUCAUUAUUUCUCCUCUAUUUGGUUGAGAUGAUCUCUUCAGGGCUGCAGAUUAUCUACAACACGGAUGAGGUGUCCUUCAUUCAAAAUCUUGUAUUUUGUGUGGAAAGAUCCUAUCGUGUACCUGACUUUGGUGUCUGGGAAAGAGGAAGUAAAUACAACAAUGGUAGUCCAGAGCUGCAUUCAAGCUCCGUGGGGCUGGCAAAAGCAGCUUUGGAAGCAAUUAAUGGCUUCAAUCUCUUUGGCAAUCAGGGCUGCUCUUGGUCUGUCAUAUUUGUGGAUUUUGAUGCCCACAACCGUAACAGACAGACUCUGUGUUCAUUGUUACCCAGGGAGUCAAGGUCUCAUAAUACUGAUGCAGCUCUUCUACCUUGUCUUAGUUAUCCUGCAUUUGCUUUGGAUGAUGAGGCUUUGCUCAGUCAAACACUAGAUAAAAUUAUUAGAAAAUUAAAAGGAAAAUAUGGAUUUAAAAGAUUUCUGAGAGAUGGAUACAGAACAGCUCUGGAGGACAGAACACGGCGCUAUUAUAAACCAGCAGAAAUUAAGCUUUUUGAUGGCAUUGAGUGUGAAUUCCCUCUGUUUUUUAUUUUCAUGAUAAUUGAUGGAGUUUUUAGAGGAAAUCCUGCUCAAGUAAAGGAAUAUCAGGAUCUUCUGGAUCCUUUGCUUCAACAUACAUCUGAAGGGUGUCCUGUUGUACCCAAGUAUUAUUAUGUGCCAGCUGAUUUUGUUGAACUGGAAAAGAAAAACCCUGGUAGUCAAAAACGGUUUCCUAGUAACAAUGGACGCGAUGGAAGGCUUUUCCUGUGGGGACAGGCAGUUUACAUCAUUGCAAAGCUCCUGGCUGAUGAGUUAGUAAGUCCUAAAGAUAUUGACCCUAUAGGACGUUAUAUAGCUCCACAAGAUCAGCGGAAUGUUAGCAUGAGAUUCUCAAAUCAGGGUCCUUUAGAAAAUGAUUUGGUGAUACAUGUGGCUUUGAUAGCAGAAAGUCAGCGCCUACAAGUUUUUCUGAACACAUACGGAAUCCAAACUCAGACUCCCCAGCAAGUGGAACCAAUUCAGAUAUGGGCUCAAAAAGAACUUGUCAAAGCUUACUUCCAUUUGGGUGUCAAUGACAAAUUGGGAUUAUCUGGAAGACCAGACAGACCUAUAGGAUGCCUUGGAACAUCAAAGAUUUAUCGAAUACUAGGAAAGACUGUAGUUUGCUACUCGAUCAUUUUUGAUCUAAGUGAUUUCUACAUGUCUCAGGAUGUUAUGAUGUUAAUUGAUGACAUUAAGAAUGCACUGCAGUUCAUAAAGCAGUAUUGGAAAACCCAUGGUCGCCCACUGUUUGUUGUACUUAUCCGUGAAGACAAUAUAAGAGGGAGCAGAUUCAAUCCAAUAUUAGAUAUGUUGGCAGCCUUUAAAAAGGGAAUUGUUGGAGGAGUGAAAGUUCAUGUUGACAGAGUACAGACGUUAAUAUCUGGAGCAGUUGUUGAACAACUUGACUUCCUAAGAAUCACUGAAACAGAAGAGACUCCUGUAUUUAAGAGCUUGGAGGAGUUGGAUCUUCCAAAACAUUCAAAAGUCAAGAGACAGUCUAGUACUCCAAAUGUUUCUGAACUGGAGCAGCAACCAGAUGUAAAUAUUAAUGACUGGAAAAACAAGUCAACAUAUGAGAUUCUGCAGAAACUAAGUGAUUGCAAUUGCCUGGCAAGUCAAGCAUUACUCCUGAAUAUAUUGCUCAAAAGGGAAGGACCAUAUUUUAUCACCAAGGAAGGUACUGUUGCUGAGCAUAUUGAAAGAAUCUACAGACGAGCUGGCAGCAAAAAACUCUGGUCUGUUGUGCGCUUCGCAGCAAGUCUUUUAGGUAAACUAGUGGACAGCCUUGCACCAUCUAUUACUAACGUUUUAGUUCAGGGCAAGCAGGUGACACUUGGAGCUUUUGGCCACGAGGAAGAAGUUAUUUCCAAUCCCUUAUCGCCAGGAGUGAUUAAGAACAUCAUCUAUGAAAAGUGUAAUUUACAAGAUGAAAGAGAAGCUGUAGUUCAGCAGGAACUUGUCAUACACAUUGGCUGGAUCAUCUCAAAUUCACCUGAACUUUUCAGCGGCAUGCUGAAGAUACGGGUCGGAUGGAUUAUCCAUGCCAUGAAGUAUGAAUUGAAAAUCCGUGCUGGGGAUAUGCCAGCCAAAGACUUAUACCAGAUGUCCCCUAGUGAAGUGAAGCAGCUUCUGCUGGAUAUUCUUCAACCACAGCAGCAGGGGAGAAGCUGGCUUAACAGGCGUCAGAUAGAUGGUUCUCUCAACCGAACUCCUGCAGGAUUCUACGACAGAGUGUGGCAGAUCUUGGAGAGGACCCCUGAUGGUCUAAUAGUAGCAGGAAAUUUUUUACCACAGCAACCAACCUUAUCAGAUAUGACGAUGUACGAAAUGAAUUUUUCCCUUCUAGUUGAAGAUAUGCUGCAAAGCAUUGACCAGCCGGAAUACAGACAAAUUAUUGUGGAGUUGUUGAUGGUUAUAUCUGUUAUUUUGGAGAGGAACCCUGAGCUAGGAUUCCACGAUAAAGUGGACUUGGACAAAGUGGUAAAAGAAGCAUUUCAUGACUUUCAGAGAGAUCAGAACAGGCCAAAGGAAGCUGAAAUACAAGAUGACAUGAUUGCAUUUUACAACACUCACCCAAUAGGAAAGAAGGGAACAUGCAGUUACUUGAGUAAGGCUGUGAUCGCUUUAUUGCUGGAAGGGGAAAUGAAACCAAGCCAUGAUGAUCCAUGUACCAUUAGCUAAAGAUUGAAACAACACAGGAAUUGUUGCUUUAUUUAGUGUUCUAUGUAUUUUGCAUGCAAUUUUAAAAUCUUGUUUUGAAGAGCAACUCUGGCUAGUAAUACAAAUGCAUACCAUCCUUUGCUGAAAGGAGUGCCAUUAAAGACACUAAGUGCCACCUAAUUUUUUUCCUCAACUGUGAUACUCAGAGCACAUGCAGUUAUUCUCGUGUUAUUCGAUUAAAUUGAAUGAGAUUCUAUUUGUGAUCUUAAAUUAUACAUUUAACAUCUUUGGUAACUUCGUGAUAAAUGCAGUACAAGAUGUCUUUAUACCUCUAUUUAUUUGUAAUUACAAAAGGUUACUGUUAAUUUUAAAUGAAAUUCAGAAAUUAUCAUGAAGGUCUAAAGUUUAGUACGCUUUAGUGUGGAAGCCUGAAACCUGUUUUUUGGGUUUGGAAUCUAGAGACAAAACAGAGAUGAACCUUAAAAGUUACUCCUAAAACAUUCGCUGUAACAGUUCCAUUGGUAGCACACAAGUUAUCUUGGUUUUAGUUUGUCAGUGUAUAACUUGCUAAGUGGGUUUCCCCCUCAUAGAAUGACUUUAUCUCUAGUAAUAAAUAUCACUGCAGUUUCCCAGUUGUUGAAACAUUUAUAAGGUAAAGGGAAAUAUAUGAUAACAAGAUAAAAGUGUCUGUUAAAAAAAAGGGGAGGGGCAAGCAAGCUGUAUUUAAGAUUAACAUCAAGGUAAUGAAGAAAAGUUGGUAUUAAAUAAGCUACUGAUGCAGGAAAGAAUUCAAGAUACAUUUAUUUAUGUCCUAAAUGUGUGAAAGCAGUUUAUGCUAAAUCCUUUAUUUUGGUAAAGGUAAUAAAAAGUAAAUGCUUGUAAAAACAGUCAAUAAAAAUGCUUUUAGAGUUGCA